AAGAAUUGAUAUACUAUUAAGAAACCAUUUUCAAAUUUACUACCGGUAAAUAGUUAGGGUACUACUAUAGUUAUUACUACGGUUGUUGAGUCUAAUAGUAAUAGUAAUAUAUAAGGAGAAGAGAAGCGUGUGUGUGACUGCGAAGUUGGUUGGUUAGUAACGUAUCGAAGAAAGAGAAAGAGAAAGAGAAAGAGAGAAUGAGCAGUAACGCAGGGAAGUUGGUGUGUGUGACUGGUGCUUCUGGUUAUAUUGCUUCAUGGAUCGUCCGCUUUCUUCUCCAUCGUGGUUACACUGUUAAAGCCACUGUUCGCGACCCAAAUGAUCCGAAAAAGAUCGAUCACUUGCUUAAACUCGAUGGUGCUAAGGACAGAUUGAAACUGUUUAAAGCAAAUCUACUCGAAGAAGGUUCCUUCGAUUCUGUUGUUGAAGGCUGUCAAGGUGUAUUUCACACUGCAUCUCCCUUCUAUCAUGAUGUCAAAGAUCCACAAGCUGAAUUGAUAGAUCCUGCUCUCAAGGGGACUCUCAAUGUUCUCAAUUCAUGUGCUAAAUCAACAUCUCUCAAACGUGUUGUUUUAACAUCUUCUAUUGCUGCCGUUGCAUACAAUGGAAAGCCUCGAACUCCUGAUGUCCUGGUUGAUGAGACUUGGUUUACUGAUGCUGAUUUCUGUAAGAAAUCAAACCUGUGGUAUGUGGUUUCAAAGACAUUGGCUGAAGAAGCUGCCUGGAAAUUUGUUAAAGAAAACAACAUUGACCUGGUUACUAUUAACCCUGCAAUGGUCAUAGGCCCUCUCCUGCAACCAGUCCUAAACACAAGUGCUGCUGCAAUUCUAAACCUCAUUAAUGGUGCACAAACAUUUCCAAAUGCUAGUUUUGGAUGGGUGAAUGUGAAAGAUGUUGCAAAUGCCCAUAUUCAGGCUUACGAGAAUGCUUCAGCUAGUGGAAGGCAUUGUUUAGUUGACAGAGUAGUGCACUACUCAGAAAUUGUGAAGAUUCUACGUGAACAGUACCCUUCGUUACAACUCCCGGAGAAGUGUGCGGACGAUAAGCCGUAUGUACCUACAUAUCAGGUUUCCAAAGAAAAGGCCGAGAGCUUGGGAAUUGCAUUUACUCCUUUGGAAGUGAGCAUCAAGGAGACUGUGGAAAGCUUGAAAGAAAAAAAGUUUGCCAACCUUUAAUUUGUGGUAUCUUAUGCUUGUGAAGAAACUUCGUAGUAUGUGAAAUAAGGGUCUGGUACCAAGUAUACUGAAAUAAGUUGUUUAUUAAUGUAUGGUUUGGUUUGUACUUGUGAUGGAACAGAGAAUGAGUUAAGGUGAAGUUAGGGUGAACCCACCUUUUAUAUCCAUUAUAUUAGGUAA